AUGUCCAAACCAUUUGAAGAGGACGAGAUCCGUACUUCACAUCAAGAUGACGACAAUCUGUCAGAAGACGGCGACGAUGUCAUGGACGACUCUUCGGACGAAGAUGAUGACGACAACGACGAGGAGGAGAUGCGCAAGGUGCGUGAAGGUUUCAUUGUGGACGAUGACGAGGAGGAGGAUGAUGUCACGAGGAAGAAGCGCAGCAAAAAACAUCGCAGAAAGCGGGAAAGAGAGGCUGUCAAGGAGACGGCCGAUGACGCUUUGGACGAAGACGACUUGGAGCUCUUAAGAGAGAAUUCCGGCGCUGCUCCAAGACGGGCCGCUAGCAAUAAGUUCAAAAGACUCAAAAGAGCGCUGCCUGCUGACGAAGAUGAGGAGGAGAGACCUAAGAGCAGAGCAGAUGGCUUGACGGACUUCUUCUCAGACAACGACGAGCAGGAAGACGAGGACACGGGCGCUGGACGUGUGGACGACGAAAGAAAUGUGUUGGAUGAAUUUGAAGACUUCAUUGAGGAAGAUGAAUUUUCUGAUGAGGAGGAGGCCAGAGCACACAAGGCCCAACAGAAACGGGAAAGAGCCAAGCAUACUGGUCCCAAGUUGGACACAUCCAAGUUGCUGAGUUUCGACAGGGAGAGUUUGCAACAGCUUUUUGAGGUUUUUGGCAAUGGUGCUGAGUACGAAUGGGCAUUGGAGGCUCAGGAAAUCGAAGAUGAGGGAAACAAUGACCAAGAGCCUACAGCCUUAGAUGAGGUGUUUGAGCACGCCGAAUUGAAGGACAGAAUGCUCACAGAAGAAGAUAACUUGAUCCGUAUCAUCGACGUACCCGAACGGUUCCAGAAAUACAGAGCUAAUUUGAAUUAUAUGGACUUGGAUGCCGUGGAGUUGCAGAAAGAGAAGCAGUGGAUAAGCAAGAUUUUGUUUGCCGAAAAGCAGAAUCUCUUCGAUGGACCCUUGAAGGGACCAUUUGUCGAGGCAGUCGGUAAGGUGGUUGAGUUCAUCUCCAAGGAAAAUUGGGAGGUGCCAUUUAUUUGGGCUCACAGGAGAGACUUCUUAAUUUACACAGAGGAAGUACCCAACCCAGACGGUACCGUCAGAAAUAAUGUGCACAAGUUGUUGUUUGAAGACGAUUUGUGGAGAAUUGUCCAGCUCGACAUUGAGUACCACUCUCUCUACGAAAAGAGACUUAAUGCGGAGAAACUCGUUUCGCAAUUGCUGCUUGAUGACGACUUGGUUCGUGAUAUCGAAACCUUGGACUCCAUGGUGUCCAUCCAGGACUUACAGGAUUACGUGAAUUUCACCUACUCGUCCUUGAUACGUAAACUAGACGUUGAGAAGGAUGAAUCUGCCGCAGAUGAAGAUGAAGAGAAGAGGCUGUCCAAGAAACACUCCAAGUAUGCUGUCUUCGAGAGAAUUAGAGAGAAUGUUUUGUACGACGCCGUCAAGGGCUUCGGUAUCUCUGCCAAGGAGUUUGGUGAAAACGUCCAGGACCAGUCCACUAAGAACUACGAAGUUCCUUAUAGAAUUCAUGCUACUGAUGAUCCUUUCGAGUCGCCUGAGGACAUGAUUGGACGUUUGGUGGAGGAUGACGAAAUUCUUUUUAAGGACCCUAAGAACGCUAUCAGCGCCAUGAGAAAGACAUUUGCAGAGGAGAUUUUCCAUAACCCUAAGAUCAGACACGAAGUCAGACAGGUGUUCAAGAACUUUGCUUCUAUUGGUGUUACUUUGACCGAAAAGGGUCGAAGCUCCAUUGACAACCAUAGCCCAUACGCUGAUAUCAAGUAUGCCAUCAACAGAACCGCCGCAGACUUGGUCAGCAAACCUGAUGUGUUUUUGCGUAUGUUGGAGGCCGAAGCUAACGGUCUAGUUGUUGUCAAAGUAACAAGUAGCGACUACGAUAGUUGGUUCCAGUCGAUCUUCAAUUGUUUGAAAUCCGAUGGUACUUCUGAGAUUUCUGAGUUAUGGAACAAAGAGAGAGAAAGUGCAUUGUCUAUGGCAUUUAAGAGAUUGACUGCCAUGGUUUCACUUAAUACCAAAGAGGACUUACGUCGUGAAUGUGAGCGUUUAAUCGCAUAUGAGCUCAGAACUAGAUUCUUGUCAAAAAUCGACCAGGCCCCAUUCACACCUUUUGGCUACGACAAGGGUACCAAGCCUAACGUUUUGGCAUUGUCCUUCGGUAAGGGUGACUAUGAUAGUGCAGUUGUGGGUGUUUUUGUCAGAGACACCGGUAAGAUCGAUGAAUUCUUCAAGUCCGAUAAUAAUCCUUCGAGCAGAGAUAGCGAGGAGAAGUUCCUCGGCCAAUUAAGGGAAUUCUAUGACAGAAACCUUCGUUAUCACAAGCCAGAUGUUAUUGUCAUUUCUGGUUACAGCGCCAACUCCAAGAGGCUCUUUGAUAUCGUCAAGAACUUCAUCGCCAAGAACAAUAUAGUGGCCAACACCGAAGACUUGGCAGAUGCUGCUACUCCACCAUUGGUUCCAGUGAUUUGGGGCCAGGAUGAAACUGCCAGAUUGUACCAAAACUCGGAGAGAGCAUUGAUUGAGCUUUCUGAUAAGCCAACCUUGGUGAAGUACUGUGUGGGAUUGGCACGUUAUGUUCAAAGCCCAUUGUUAGAAUAUAUCUCCUUGCAAGACGACAUUAUGUCUUUGACCUUUUACGAUCAUCAGAAGUUGAUUUCAAAUGACGCUAUCAAGGAUGUCUAUGAAACUGUCUUCGUGGAUAUUGUGAACAUGGUUGGAGUGGAAAUCAACGACGCUCUUCGUGAUCCAUACCAUGCUCAGCUCUUACCAUAUGUGGCAGGUCUUGGACCAAGAAAGGCUUCUGGUUUGCUUAGAAACAUCAGCGCUAAGUUGGGCACCUUGGCUACCAGAAGCGACUUGAUUGAAAAUGAACUUUCCACUGCAAAUAUCUUCUUCAAUUGUUCAUCGUUCUUGAAUAUUCCAUAUGAGGAAGGUGUUUCUGUCAGAGAUAAUAACGUUGAGUUGUUGGAUGCCACUAGAAUUCAUCCCGAGGAUUACAGUUUGGCUCGUAAAAUGGCUGCUGACGCCCUUGAUUUGGAUGAGGAAGAUAUGGCCCAUGUCGAGGAGCAAGGUGGUAUCAUUUACCAGUUGAUGCAAGAGGGUGUCAGUAAGGUGGAUGAUUUGAACUUGACCGCCUUUGGAAAGGAGUUGGAGUCUAAGUUCGGCAAGAAGAAGUACGCCACUCUUCAGAGUAUCAAGGAGGAACUUGUCAACAACUUCGAGGAGCUUAGACGCUCAUACCACUUGCUCGACAGUGCCGAGGUUUUCCGCAUGUUGACUGGAGAAACCGUCGAAAGCUUUGCAAGAGGUACAAUCGUGCCAGUCACUAUCAACAGAGUUGGACGUAACUAUCGUGACGAGAACUCAAAGAUCAAAUUCUUGCGUGUGUCCACUUCCUCGCUCAUUUCAGGUACCGUAGAGGAAGGGUACAUUUUGCGUGGAUCUGAUUUUGAUCAAGGUGGUGUUGUCCAAGCAGUCGUUCUAGACGUCAACUAUGACUCCUUCAGUGCUUCUUUCAGCACGUUACCAGACGACAUCAAGAGAAGUUCUGUAUCCAAGGUAUUUAAAGAGCCAACGAAAUGGGAUUUCGAAGCUGAAGAAGCUGACAAACAAAAGGAAAGGGCAAAGGAGAACGCAAAGCUUGCCAGAACCAGAAACAUUCAGCAUCCCUUAUUCCACAACUUCAAUCACAAGCAGGCCGAAGAAUUUUUGGCUCCUCAAAGUGUCGGAGACUGUGUCUUGCGACCAUCUUCUAGGGGACCUAACUACUUGACCGUCACUUGGAAGGUUGCCAAUAACUUGUUCCAACAUCUCAGCAUCGAAGAAGUGAACACCAACGCGGGAACCGAGUACAUCGUUGACCGUAAGAGAUACUCUGAUUUAGACCAGAUGAUUUUCCAGCAUGUUCAGGCUAUUGCUAAGCAUGUGAACGAGAUGUGCCGCCAUCCAAAGUUCCGUGAAGGUGCACUUGCAGAGGUUAACGAUUGGCUCGAGUCUUACACUAGAGCGAACCCGAAGAAUAGUGCUUACGUUUUCUGUUACGACCACAAGGCACCUGGAUGGUUCUUGCUUUUAUUCAAAGUGAAUGUGAACACACCGGUCACUACGUGGCACGUGAAGACCGAAUGUAACGGCUUUGUCUUGAAGGGCUUCUCGUAUCCAAACAUGAUGCGUUUAUGUAAUGGAUUCAAGCAAACUUUCAAGUCGCUUGUCAACGAUAAGUCGCGGUCAACCAGACCAGGUCAGCCAUCCAACUACGGUGGAUACGGGUACUAA